AUGACGAACGCAUCCGCAGCACAGAGCGAUAUCGAACUAUACUCUUUACCUGAUAAUGGCCGUGCGCAUCCAGGAGUCAGCAGGGAAACCUUGCCUAAUCGAGAUGCCCUGGAACAUGCGCGUGUAGGCAAGAAAGAGGUUCUGAAGCGGCGAUUCCGCCUAGCGAGGACAAUAGGUUUCGCUAGUAGUAUCAUGAUAACAUGGAAGGCGAUGACGAUCCCAUCAUUGACUCCAUGUCUCAACGGAGGCCCUGCUGCCAUGACAUACGGGUAUCUCGCGGUGUGGAUUGCCUUCUUCAGCAUCUUCAUCACAAUGGGAGAGCUUGCAAGUAUGAUACCUUCGGCAGGCGGACAAUACCACUGGACCAGUAUACUUGCGCCAUCCUCAUCGAGGCGAUUCCUCAGUUUUAUCACUGGCUCGAUCAGCGUGAUCGCCUGGACCGUGACGGCGACGUCCAACUACAUCGUCGCCGCGAACCUCGUGCAGAGCACCGUGGUCCUCGGCCUGCCGAACUACGACGCCAAAGCAUGGCAGGCGACGUUGAUGACAUGCGGCAUCCUGCUCCUCGCCCUCUUCGUGGUGAUCUAUCUCAGCAUGAUCUUCCCUGUGAUCAAGGUGUUUCUUUUGAUCGCGCACAUUUUCGGGUUCUUCGCCGUCUUGAUUGCGUUGGUGUACCUUGGGCCUUCGGCGGGCUUGCGGUCUGGUUUUACCCAGACACUGGACUAUGGAGGCUGGCAUAACAUUGGUUUGGCGACGUUCGUAGGAUUGCAAGGGACAGUGGUUGCGUUCAUGGGUAUGGACGGUGCGAUUCACAUGGCCGAAGAGGUCGAAAACAGCAGCCUGGUAGUCCCGCAAUCGAUGCUCCUGGCCAUCCUGCUGAACGGCAGUUUGGGUUUUGCGAUGCUAAUCGCCAUCCUCAGCAAAUCCGGCGACCUGCAUAAGCUCCUGACCACCGACACCAAAUUCCUGUUCAUGUUCAUCCUGGAAAACUCACUACAAAGCAAGAGCGCCGCCAUCAUUCUGUCCAGCAUGUUCUGCAUCCUGAGCUCCUGCGCGGCAUUCGCGCUCAUCGCCGCGGGAAGCCGCAUGCUGUGGUCGUUUUGUCGCGAGCGGGCGUUCCCUGGUUGGCGAUGGUUGAGGCAGGUCGACCGCCGCACCUCGGUCCCCAACCACAGCACCUUCAUCAUCGUCCUCGCCGCAUGCCUGAUCGGCCUCGUCGACAUCGGCGCGCCUUUCGUCCUCACGAUAACCCUCUCCCUCGUCCUGCAGGGCUGCUUCUUCUCCUACCUCAUCCCUCUCUCCCUGCUCCUGUACCGCCGAGUGAAGGGCCAGAUCGCCGAGUCGGAGGAGGACGGCGGUGACAGUAAGCCGUUUACCUGGGGCCCGUUCCGCCUGAAAGGCUGGGUCGAAGCGGUCAACAACGCGCUGGCGAUUGUGUUCAUCGUGGUGAUGUUGUUCUUUGGUCUGGCUAUCACGGGCGGGAUGAUUCUGCUGGCAGUGGUGUAUUAUUUCGCGUAG